UAUCCCUUUGCCUCUUACCCACGGUGCGGAGGAUAAGAAAGAAGAAUAGUUAUGAUGAUUUGUACUUCCAUUAUUAGAUUUACGCUUCCUCAUUCUCAUUCUCAUUCUCCUUUGUUAAUUAAAACUUUUCCAAAAACAUUCAAAUGCCGGUGCAGCAGCAGCAGCAAGAACUCAGAGGAGAACAACGAUUUGAAGGACGCUCUUUCUGGAAUGAUGGGCGAUCAAGUUGAAGAACUCUUAAACAGAGAAGAGAACAAAGUUUUAUUCGAUAAUUUACAGAAAGCUUCACAGAGAGUUGAGAUUGCUAAGACACAACUUGCUUUCAUUGAGAAACAAGAACUAGCUCUUAAACAGUAUAAGGAUUACACUCAACAACUUCAAGGAAAUGCUUUCCAGAUUGCAGAAAGUCAAAGAGAAAUUUCAGAGGCAAAAGCUAUGCUUGAGGAAGCAGAACGCUCUUUGUUGCUAAAUGUGGGAGGUGCUGAAGAAGGGGGUGCAUUCAUGGGGAUGAAAAGUGAAGAAGUUGAUCGGGAUGAAGAGAGAUUGGAGUCAGUAAAAGCAGCAUCUAUCUCUGCCCUUGUUGGCACUUUGUCAGGGCUCCCCAUAUGCUUCACUCAGGCCACCAACACAACUCAGCUGCUUCUCUCUGUGGCAAUUAAUUUCGUAUGUUGUGCAUUGUUUGGAGUGACUUUUCGAUACACCGUAAGGAGAAACUUGGAUGAUGCUCAGCUUAAGACUGGGGUUGCAGCAGCUUUUGGUGUUGUUAAAGGUCUUGCAAUCCUAAGCGCUGGACCACUUCUUGAACUGAACUUCGAAAGCUUAUUAGCGUAUGCCUGGGAUGGAACUAUUUAUGUGUCUGAGAAUCUUAUAAUUUUUGUUUUUGCUGCUGUUAGUCUAGAUUAUUGUUUAAAGACAAGACUUUUGAGCCCUUUUCCAAUUGAUAAAACACGUUAGCGGAGAUUCCAAUUAAUUUUCCGAUUAUCGUAGCCUAAACGGAUAUUCAGAAA